AAAUCAGGGAAAUGGGGACAGUAAAGCAAACACUAACGCAGGAAACACAAUGGGCGAGGUUACGCCUUUAAUAUACGCCGCAUCAACAAUAAGAAUUACCCGAUUACAAUGAGGCCUUGGCUUGUAUAGCAGCCGAAUACUUGUCUCUCCUGUCAAACUGCAGAGGCGGGGCCAAGAGAAGGAACUUUGCUUCUCAUCCGUACGUAGUGUUGGUCGGGUUCUGUGUUUAACGCCGGUUACAAAAAACAUAGCGCAUAGAGGUUUGCGAGUUAUAAGUGCUCUUGGCAGGUGGUACUUUUAAACCUUAUAUCUAUCAUUUUCUGUGAAAGAAUGUUCCCUAAGACUUCCAGAGUGCAUGAAUGGAAAGAGGUGCCCAGUAAACAUACUCUUCUCAAAGACACAGUAAGAAAUGUUCCAAGCAUUCAUGAUGAAGUGCAGGAUUUCACAAAUGGCAGCUGCCUCAGGAACACAAACAUACGUUUGGAGUCUGACUUUUACAAUCAAGCAUGCCCCAAUUUGGCAAAGGCUUUAUUAGGACAGAUUUUGGUCCGAAAACAUCUAGAUGGAACAGAACUUCGAGGAAGAAUUGUAGAGACUGAAGCUUACUUGGGAGGUAAUGAUAAAGCGUCACACUCGAGAGGAGGAAAAUGCACAGAAAGAAAUGUAGCCAUGUAUAUGAAACCUGGCACUAUAUACGUUUACCAGAUUUAUGGUAUACAUUUCUGUAUGAAUAUUUCUAGCCAAGGGGAUGGAGCUGCAGUUCUCUUACGAUCUCUUGAGCCUUUGGAUGGUCUUCACAUCAUGAGAGAGUUGCGAAGUGUUCGAAGGAAUGAAAACUCAAAACCAAUGAAAGACAAAGAACUUUGUAAUGGACCUUCAAAGCUUUGCCAGGCCAUGGAUAUUGAUAAAAGCUUUGAUAGAAAUGAUCUUACUGUUGACCAAAGUGUGUGGUUAGAGGCAGGAUGCAAAAUACCAGCUGAGGAUAUUGUGUCUUGUGCUCGAAUUGGGAUUGACUCUGCAGGCGAAUGGACACACAAACCUUUUCGAUUUUAUGUUAAAGGAAACAAAUACAUCAGUGUUCAAAACAAAACUGCAGAAGCAUCCAUGGAUAAAAAUGGCACAUUAUCACAGUCUCAUUAGAAGUAACUAAAAAGUGAUAUAGCUUCAAAUUUCGCUAUUUAGAAUUAUGUAUUCAUCAUUCUAUAUUUCUGUGUUUAGCCUUGUAACUGCUUCCUUGAUUGAUAGCAGUUUUGGUGUUUUUGUCUGUCCCUUACUUCAGUGGUAGACAAAUUUUGGUGAGGAUCUAGGAGCCAGCAUGAAGGGUGUGUAUGUUCUUUCCACUCAGAAAACCUUUUCCCCCCUCCGUGUUUGUCCCCUUUAAACAAUAAGCAGAAGUAAAAUACAUUUAAAAUAUACCCUUUACAUAUGCAAAAA